CAUGCUGAAGCCGGAAGUCCAGUGAUGCUUUAAGUUUUGUUAAUUAUUACCAUUAUGCUUUAAAAUGCAGCAUUGACACUCGUGUAGUUUACAAUCGGAUAACUGCGCGAGUACCGAGGUCCCCAUUCUAUGCUUAUUUUUUUGGGCUUGAAGCGUUUUAGCAUCUUGUAGGCUAAAAUCAAUGGGCGAUGCUGCUGUGUUUUUGAGUGGAGCAAGCUGACAGACAGCAGCCCGAGCACGUUGGGCGGAUGGUUGAUUUUCAUGCUCUUUGGGAAUACAAAUCCAGCUCUCCGCACUGUUGCUAAAUCGUGCAGACCCGGUGAAUGUUUAAACCAUAAGGCCAUAGACUGUGUACGUAAACUACAGUUUAACCACGUGUAUCCUGUUGUUGGAAUGUGGGUUUUUAAGUGAACAGUUAGAUCACGUCUGCAGACUGUAGGCUAAGCAAGAAUAUGCAUAGAACUUGUAUAGGCCUAUAAAUCAAUGUGAUCCGCAGAUCAUUUAUUAAUAUAUUUUACCGAAGCGUCAAGAGGUGCGAUUGCUGAUUGAAAGCAGGCUCCCGUAGAUCUGGGCCAUGGAUGAAGAGUUGACGCCUUUGGACUGCUUGCUCCCCUCAGGUAAACAGAAGAUUUGCUUGAUUAUUCUCAACCAGCCCAUUGAUAAGGACUACCUGCACAUCUUAUGGAAUAAAGCGCUGUUAAAGGCCUGUGCUGAUGGAGCUGCCAAUCACCUUUACAACAUCUCCGCUGGAUGCCGCGACAGCUUCCUGCCCGACUAUAUCAGUGGGGAUUUUGAUUCUAUUACGGCAGAAGUGAAAGCUUUCUAUGCAGACAAGGGAUGCAAGCUCCUGGAAACUGCUGAUCAGGAUUUCACUGACUUCACCAAAUGUUUGUCCAUAAUGCUGGAGCAGAUCCGGCAGCAGCAGUUGCAGGUUGAUGCCAUAGUGACCCUGGGUGGCCUGACUGGAAGACUUGACCAAACCAUGGCAUCUAUAGAGACCUUGCACCAUGCCCUCAACAUGACAACUCUCCCAGUUUUCAUUAUCCACGAAACAAGCCUGGCUCUUCUUCUCAGACCCCAGGGCAGCCACAGACUGGAGGUGGACACUGGGCUGGAGGGAGAGUGGUGCAGCCUGAUCCCUGUCGGAGGGCCCUGCCAAACGCACACCACUGGACUCAAAUGGAACCUGGAUAAUCAGGUCCUUCAGUUUGGGAAACUGGUGAGCACAUCCAACACCUAUGAACCAGUGCCUCCAGGAAAGCCAAGAAAACCUGUGACCAUCUCCAUGGACCAGCCUCUACUGUGGGCCAUGGGCAUCCACAAACCUGGAGACUGAAGAUUUCAUUAGGGUCUAUUCACAAAAGUAACUUAUUGCAGACAGUUGCCUUGCAUGUCUUAAGGACCUAUUUUAAAGUUGCCAGAUUUAAGGAAAGAAUGUCUACCUUUUUAACCUGUGAACUGCCUUGAAUAACAAAGUAUCUUAGCAUGUUUUUAAGACUGUAUAGUAUAUCACAUGUUGUGCCUUGUGCAAAUAAAGUAAAUAGUACAGUU